AUGCUUUUCAGAAAGCGCGCCGACUCCGCGAACAACACAAUUCCUCUGCCGAUUGCUCUAACUGCCAGCGGCGACUUCGACGGCAAUGACGGGAAAUGGUCGACCUUCUUCAUCAACAUCGGCGAUGAUGCCAGCGGCCGCUAUGGGCAGAAUUUCAAGGUCCUCAUAUCGACUUCCUCGCCAAUAACUCUGGUCCCCCAGCAGGCGGAAUGGUGCAACCAGGAUUGCGCGGAGAAGCGCGGCGUCAUGCCCUUCAAUGGAGACCAAACGCUUGGGUUCAGGGACAGCUCUUCACAAGCUUGGAAGGAUGCCGGUAUCUACUCAAUACCAACUCCCCAUUGGUGGUCGUGGGAUGAGUUAAACGGCACCUGGGGCUCAGAAAAUGUUGGAUUAGGAGAAAGUUCCCCGGAAAGCCUUAUAUUGACUGACCAGUUUGUUGUCGAGUACACUUUCAAGGAAUUCUUCUUGGGCUCCUUUGGACUGGCAGUCGGACCCGUCAAUCCCGGAAGCGGAGCCAAAAACCCUUUCCUGGCCACCUUCAAGAGCGCCAACAUAAUCCCCAGCGCCUCGUAUGGUUACACCGCAGGGGCUUACUACAGAAACAAUGGUAAAGGAACCGUUGGAGACCUCAUCCUCGGUGGCUACGAUCAAUCCCGGGUGGAGCUGGACCGCGGGGUCAGCAUUCAUAUGCCGAAUGAAAGGAAUAACAGCCUCGUUGUUGGUGUACAGUCAAUCCUAUACAAACCGGACCCAGAUAUCGAGGCAAAUACCUUCUCUUUCACCUCCGAGUCAAAAGGAUUCUUUGCCACGAUCGACUCCACCCUGCCGUAUCUGUGGCUGCCAGGAGAUGUGUGCGACAAGUUUGCCGAGCGCUUCCAGCUUACCUAUAACAGCAGCAUCGAUCUGUAUACCGUGAAUGCGUCGGCUCACCAGUUCAACGCGCAACAGAAUGCCACAGUCUCUUUCAAGAUCGGAAGCGGCCCUGACGACAGCAACACCUUCACAACCAUCAUCCUGCCAUACGAUGCGUUUAAUCUCCAAGUUGAUUACCCUAUUGUUGACAACGCAACCAACUACUUCCCUAUCAAGAGGUCCACCAAAGGAGAUUUUGUCCUGGGACGUACCUUCCUGCAAGAAGCCUACAUUGUCGUCGACUACGAACGGGCCAACUUCACGGUCGCGCCUGCCUACUAUUCCGAACCCAUGCCAGACCAAAACCUCAUUCCCAUUUACAACACCUCGUUCCCAACGGCUUCUCAAACGCCAAAGCCCUCGGAUGGUGGCCUCUCCCCAGGAGCUGUAGCCGGAAUCGUCGUGGGUAUCGUAGUCGCGCUACUCCUUGCUUGCCUAGCCGCUUUCUUCUGGUGGAAGAAACAACGCCAGCAGAAGAAGGCGUACGAGAAAGAUGCCACUACUUCGGAAAUCGACACAGUGGUCGCCGGCAAUGAAGUCAAGCAUCGCCGUGUCUCAGAGCUGGAUUCGGAACCGCCCGGCUCACCAAAGCCGCCCGUCGGCGGCUACUACGGCGACCGCGACCAGAAAGACGGCAUUCCGUUCCCGCCAAUCAGCGAAAUGGAUAGUCCACCCGCAGAGCUCUACAGUCCGCCACCAGGGUCCGGUACACCAAACAGCAUGAACGGCAGCGACUACUUCAUCGCCGGCAACAGGGUCCGGCGGCGUGGCGCUACACGGGAGUCGUCUGGCAACAAUACUCCAGGCACACCUGCACCCAUUGCUGAACUACCCGGUGACGACGGCAACCCCAAGAUGAGCCCCGUUCAUAGCCGAGGACCCAGCGACAGCUCGCUGCACACGAACAUCGACGAAGUGGUAACCAGAACCGAUGCAUCGCCCGAACGAAGCCAGCAGCCGCAACCGUCAGAGGAAGCAAAGACAGAAGGAAGUGAGGCGAAAGCAGGAGGGGAAGCUGAGCCGGAAGCAGGCGCACUCGAGCGCCGCCCCUCCCACGCCCGAGGCCUGAGCGACACCACCGUCCAGAGCGACAGCACUGCUGUCUCGCAGCCAACGCCCGAAGAACUAGAAGCUUGGGCGAUGGGGCGGGAUGAUGGGCCUCAGCGGCCGUUGUCUGAGUAA